GUGAUAGUCGACGGAACAGCACAUUGCCGGUAUACUUAUCGAUGGCGAACAGUAAACUAGCUCAACCCUUGUAACCGACGAACAGCACAAACAUCUAAGGAUUUUCGAGUGACAUUUCAUAUCAACUCACCGCUACUCUAUAUAUAAGUCGUUCGACACACGAUUUUCGAUUUCUGCUAUAAUAAUGGAAGAAGAACAAAGGCGUAUGCAGAGUGCAGUUUUUGAUGUUUUGAAUGAUAUUGAUAGAAAAUGUUUAAGAACAUUACAAAUCCAGAUGCACGAGUGUGCAAUUGAAUGUUGUAAGGACACUUCAAAAAGCAUUGAAUCAUUGGAAGUAUGUAAUGAAAAUUGCUCAAAAGAAGUCAUGUCUGCCCGCAACUAUGUUCAAAAUGAAUUCAACAAUUGGCAGAAAAGAAUACAACGUUGUAUACAAGAUUGCAGUGAUACUGCUAGUGAUAGAAUGUCCAGCUUGACUAAUCAUUCUAAUGAAAAUGAG